AUGGCACGACGUAGGUACAGGCUGUUUAUGGUCUGUGCCGUCGUCAUUCUCUUCCUCCUCUACAGAGUCUCGCAGAACACAUGGGAAGACCCUGCGCAGCAUGCUGGUCUUUACCGUCCUCCCACCUCGAAUUCGCCUGCCGCGGGAGUAGAAAGCCCGCCGAAACCACCUCCGAAGCCUGCGCCCGAGCCCGAGCCCGAGAACAUACCUGAAACAAAACCCAAGCCUCAGCCCGAGGCCGAGGCCGAAGCCAAGCCCAAGCCCGAAUCGAAGCCGGAGCCGGAGCAUGCUGCCAGUCAGAGCAAGCAGAGCAAGCAGAACAAGCUCGAUGAUGAAGAUGACGGGCCCGGCGUCAAAAUUCCAAAACUGAAAGAGCUGGACGACUCCAAGCCAGCAGUCAAUGGCGGAGCGCCUGACACCGACGAGGAUGAAGUGGUUGAAGAUAUUCACCAGAAGAAUCCGCCAAAGAACAACCCUGGAAAGCCAGUAGAUGAUCGGAUCCAUUGGCGGCCUGUUGGUGAGCACUUCCCUGUGCCCCCCGAGUCUGCUAUAAGCCUUCCCACUGGAAAGCCGCAAAAGGUCCCCCGAGUGCAGCACGAGUUUGGCGUCGAGUCACCAGAAGCCAAAUCCAGACGAGUCACGAGACAACAGCGUGUUGCCAAAGAGAUUGAGCGGGCGUGGUCGGGCUACAAGAAGUUUGCGUGGAUGCACGACGAGCUCUCGCCCGUCUCUGCCAAGCAUCGCGACCCCUUUUGCGGCUGGGCUGCUACCUUGGUGGAUUCCCUGGACACCCUAUGGAUUGCGGGCCUCAAAGACGAGUUCGACGAGGCGGCCAAGGCUGUUGAGAAUAUCGAUUUCACCACGACUCCUCGCAAUAAUAUUCCAGUUUUCGAAACGACCAUUCGAUAUCUUGGCGGUUUGCUCGGCGCCUUCGAUGUCAGCGGUGGCCAUGAUGGUGGCUACAUCAUCCUUCUGAACAAGGCUGUUGAGCUUGCCGAGAUCCUCAUGGGCAUAUUCGACACGCCGAACCGUAUGCCAAUCCUAUACUACCAAUGGCAGCCAGAAUAUGCCUCCCAGCCUCACCGCGCAGGCUCUGUCGGUAUAGCGGAGCUUGGAACGCUCUCCAUGGAAUUUACGCGCCUAGCCCAGCUUACCAGUCACUACAAAUACUACGAUGCUGUGGAUCGCAUUACUGAUGCUCUGGUUGAGCUCCAAAAACAGGGCACCAGCAUUCCCGGCUUGUUUCCUGAGAAUCUGGAUGCAUCUGGGUGCAACCAUACCGCAACUGCCAUCCGCAGCUCACUUAGUGAGGCAGCGCAGAAGCAGAUGGAUCAAGACCUCUCCAAGAAGCCGGGUAACUUCAUGCCUGGAAAGGUCCCCAAGACCGAAUCUCAGAAUGCCGAGAAACGCCCCAAUCAGAAGCAAAGUGCAGACGGCAACGAGUUUAUAGUUGGAAAGCUCAGUGCUUAUGAAGCAAUUGCAAAAUUGCAAGCUGCUGAUGAGGCCAGGGCAAAGGCUUUGGACAAGGCUGCAAUCAAGCCUGCGGGAGAAUCUGACAGCUUCAUUGUUGGUAAAAUCGGUGCUGAGGACCCAAGGGACGAUCAAACUCCAGCUGCGAAACCGGAUGCUUCAGACAAAUUUGUUGUCGGCAAGAUAGGGGCGGAGGAUCCAAGAGACGAUCAGACACCAGCUGUGAAACCAGAUACCUCAGAUCAAGGAUUUGUUGUCAGCAAGAUCGGGGCGGAAGAUCCGAGAGAUGAUCAGAAAAUUCCGGACGCAUCUGGGACAAAAUCCUCAGAAUUUCUCGUCGGCAAAAUAGGCACUGAAAAUCCGGAAUAUGCGAAGCAAGGGCCCCGCGAAGAUGACAAAACGGAAACUCGUCCGUUGGAUUCUCUCCGUCGCCGAGACACCAUUCCUGGUGAAGGUACAUCUGUGGAGAAGCCCAGCCAAGUGCCAUCCCAACAGACGGCGAGGCGAGGGACGCCACCCUUUGCGGCUGAUGGCUUCACAGCCAACUGGGACUGUGUUCCUCAAGGCUUGGUAGUGGGUGGAUACGGGCUCCAGCAGUACCACAUGGGAGGUGGUCAAGACUCAGCUUAUGAGUAUUUCCCGAAGGAGUACCUACUUCUCGGCGGUCUGGAGUCCAAGUACCAGAAGCUGUACGAGGACACUGUCGAAGCAAUCAACGAGUGGCUCCUCUACAGGCCCAUGACGGACGGCGACUGGGACAUUCUAUUCCCCGCCAAGGUCCAAACAGGUGGAAACCCCUCUGAAGACCUGACCGCAACAUUUGAGGUUACGCACCUCACGUGUUUUAUUGGCGGCAUGUACGGCCUGGGUGGCAAGAUCUUUGGCCGCGAGAAGGACCUUGAGAUAGCCAAGAAGUUGACGGAUGGCUGUGUCUGGGCAUAUCAGUCAACCGUCUCCGGUAUCAUGCCGGAAGGUUCCCAAGUUUUGCCUUGUCCGUCACUGGAGAAGUGCGCUUUCAACGAAACCCUCUGGUAUGAGAAGCUGGAUCCUGCAAAGGACUGGAGAGACAAGCAGGUGGCCGAGUGGGAAGAGAAGAAGGCGGCGUUCGACAAGCAACAGCGAAGCAAGGACCCCAGAAAACCUAGCGACAAGGAUAAAGAGGCUGCUGGCGAAGCCCUCAAGGAAACUGCCCAAGACCACAGCGAGUCUGCCGGUAGCUCCAAGGCCAUUCACAAGAGGGCAGCUGUUCCGCCGCCAAAGUCGAGGGCUGACGAAGAUGUUGGUUCAGAGCUGCCGCAGUCUCUCAAAGAUAAGAUUGGUCUCAAGGGUGACGAGCAGAAAAAGCCAGCAAAGAGCGGCGUCGGUAUCCAACGAGAGCCUGGUGACCCAAUCGACUCAGUAUUGGAAGCCCACCGUCUCCCUCCCCAGGAACCGGAAGAGCAGCAAAUCAUCCUUCCCGAGAAGCCUGAGACGCACGAAGAGUUUGUAAAGAAGCAUAUUGCCGACUAUGGUCUCGCCCCCGGCGUCACCCACAUCACUUCGAGACAAUAUAUCCUCAGACCCGAAGCCAUUGAAUCCGUGUGGUACAUGUAUCGCAUCACGGGCGACCCCACCUGGAUGGAGAAGGGCUGGAAGAUGUUCGAGGCCACCAUCAGCGCCACCCGCACAGAAAUAGCCAACAGCGCCGUCGACGAUGUCAACAGCCAAGAACCCGGGCUCAAGGACGAAAUGGAGAGCUUCUGGCUCGCUGAGACGCUCAAGUAUUACUACUUGCUGUUCUCGGAGCCCAACGUCAUCAGCUUGGACGAGUGGGUGCUCAAUACCGAGGCUCAUCCUUUCAAGAGGCCCGGUGGUAGCGUGAUUGGACACAGUAUAUAA